CUGACACCAAACGCCCUUAUACCCCACAUGGGGCUGACACCAAACGCCCUUAUACCCCACACGGGGCUGACACCAAACGCCCUUAUACCCCACACGGGGCUGACACCAAACACCCUUAUACCCCACACGGGGCUGACACCAAACGCCCUUAUACCCCACACAGGGAUGACACCAAGCGCCCUUAUACCCCACACGGGGCUGACACCAAACGCCCUUAUACCCCACACGGGACUGACACCAAACGCUCUUAUACCCCACACAGGGCUGACACCAAACACCCUUAUACCCCACACAGGGCUGACACCAAACGCCCUUAUACCCCACAUGGGGCUGACACCAAACACCCUUAAACCCCACACGGGGCUGACACCAAACGCCCUUAUACCCCACACGGGGCUGACACCAAACGCCCUUAUACCCCACACGGGGCUGACACCAAACGCCCUUAUACCCCACACGGGACUGACACCAAACGCCCUUAUACCCCACACGGGACUGACACCAAACGCUCUUAUACCCCACACAGGGCUGACACCAAACACCCUUAUACCCCACACAGGGCUGACACCAAACGCCCUUAUACCCCACAUGGGGCUGACACCAAACACCCUUAUACCCCACACGGGGCUGACACCAAACGCCCUUAUACCCCACACCGGGCUGACACCAAACGCCCUUAUACCCCACACAGGGAUGACACCAAGCGCCCUUAUACCCCACACGGGGCUGACACCAAACGCCCUUAUACCCCACACGGGACUGACACCAAACGCUCUUAUACCCCACACAGGGCUGACACCAAACACCCUUAUACCCCACACAGGGCUGACACCAAACGCCCUUAUACCCCACAUGGGGCUGACACCAAACACCCUUAUACCCCACACGGGGCUGACACCAAGUGCCCUUAUACCCCACACGGGGCUGACACCAAACGCCCUUAUACCCCACACGGGGCUGACACCAAGCGCCCUUAUACCCCACAUGGGGCUGACACCAAACGCCCUUAUACCCCACAUGGGGCUGACACAAAACGCCCUUAUACCCCACACGGGGCUGACACCAAACACCCUUAUACCCCACAUGGAGCUGACACCAAACGCCCUUAUACCCCACAUGGGGCUGACACCAAACGCCCUUAUACCCCACACGGGGCUGACACCAAACGCCCUUAUACCCCACAUGGGGCUGACACCAAACACCCUUAUACCCCACACAGGGAUAACACCAAACACCCUUAUACCCCACAUGGAGCUGACACCAAACGCCCUUAUACCCCACAUGGAGCUGACACCAAACGCCCUUAUACCCCACAUGGGGCUGACACCAAACGCCCUUAUACCCCACACGGGGCUGACACCAAACGCCCUUAUACCCCACAUGGAGCUGACACCAAACGCCCUUAUACCCCACAUGGGGCUGACACCAAACGCCCUUAUACCCUACACGGGGCUGACACCAAACACCCUUGUACCCCACACGGGGAUGACACUAACGGUCAUAUGUAUAUUCCAUAGUAUUUAGAUGUGAUUAGUUGGUAUUAUCAUUGUAGUGGAAGCUUUCUGUCCUCAUGAAAAAUAUUAAUCAUAAUACUGAAAUCCUAGUAAUAAAUAUGUAUUUUCAUAAAUAUAUAUUUUAAAUAUAAUCACAGGAAUAAAAAUUUUCAAUGUUGAAGUUAAUUUAGCAGUGAAUUAAGCUGUAGUCUCUUCUAUUUGACGUAAAUCAAUAAAUAAAUUGUGGCCAGUGACAUGUGGGCGCUCACACAGACACGUACAGCCAGGACACACGCCGCACUGCCUAUACUCAUGCCCAUUUAUUCAGCAGCCAGGACUCCGACACACACGCCGCACUGCCUAUACUCAUGCCAAUUCGUUCAGCAGCCAGGACUCCGACACACACGCCGCACUGCCUAUACUCAUGCCAAUUCGUUCAGCAGCCAGGACUCCGACACACACGCCGCACUGCCUAUACUCAUGCCAAUUCGUUCAGCAGCCAGUACUCCGACACGCACGCCGCACUGCCUAUACUCAUGCCAAUUCGUUCAGCAGCCAGUACUCCGACACGCACGCCGCACUGCCUAUACUCAUACCAAUUCGUUCAGCAGCCAGGACUCCGACACGCACGCCGCACUGCCUAUACUCAUGCCCAUUUAUUCAGCAGCCAGGACUCCGACACACACGCCGCACUGCCUAUACUCAUGCCAAUUCGUUCAGCAGCCAGUACUCCGACACGCACGCCGCACUGCCUAUACUCAUGCCAAUUCGUUCAGCAGCCAGGACUCCGACACGCACGCCGCACUGCCUAUACUCAUGCCAAUUCGUUCAGCAGCCAGGACUCCGACACACACGCCGCACUGCCUAUACUCAUGCCCAUUCGCUCAGCAGCCAGGACUCCGACACACACGCCGCACUGCCUCUACUCAUGCCCAUUCGCUCAGCAGCCAGGACUCCGACACACACGCCGCACUGCCUAUACUCAUGCCAAUUCGCUCAGCAGCCAGGACUCCGACACACACGCCGCACUGCCUAUACUCAUGCCCAUUCGCUCAGCAGCCAGGACUCCGACACACACGCCGCACUGCCUAUACUCAUGCCAAUUCGCUCAGCAGCCAGGACUCCGACACACACGCCGCACUGCCUAUACUCAUGCCAAUUCGUUCAGCAGCCAGGACUCCGACACGCACGCCGCACUGCCUAUACUCAUGCCAAUUCGCUCAGCAGCCAGGACUCCGACACACACGCCGCACUGCCUAUACUCAUGCCCAUUCAUUCACCUAAGGCCUGGCCAUUUCGGCCGUAAGUAGAAUGCACCCUCGCAACACAAGUGCAGUUACCUCACGUGUAACCGUAAAUGCUUCAGGAUACUCUCUGCGAGAGAUCUGCAGGGCAGUCAUGGGCUUCAACCAUUCCCAAUGCGUGGUAACAAAAGACACUGGCAGACACUGGUUAAAAAAAUGUCAGUAUGUUUAUGGAUUGCUUUAUAAAAGUUACUAUAUACACAAUGAUACAUAAUCAUGGAUUCACACAAAUUAACAAUAUGCAGAGCGAGACGAGUCAGAUACCGAGAACUAAAAAACACAAAACAAAAAGGUACAUUUCAAAACUAAAUCAUAUUAAUAACAAAAUAACCUGUCUGUAACAUUUUUUAUUGCAAACCUUUCCAACAUCGACACCCCCCCUUUCAGACAACUUGGCGUUUCUAAAUGGCAGCACAUUUAGAAAUGUGAUUUUUUUUUUAAGGGUGCCGAUGUGCCGCAGAUGUAGACAGAUUGCAACAAGACUCAUUUAAAACACUUCAGCUGGUAUUUGAUUCUUUUGGAAGGAAUCAUUUGUGCGUUUCUGUGUCUGUGUAAACGUGCGCAUGUGUGUAAGUGUACAUAUAAACAAUAAAUACAGUUUAGCUUUGCAUGAACACA